AUGGCGGCGGAACAAACACAGGUAAGUCAAAGACUGGUGGUCCCUAAAGGCAGCUCCGAAUCGAAGGAUUCUAAAAUAGUGUCCCAAAGCAGGAGGAAAUCAACCAAAUAGUCCCCAAGCUGGCAGUCCGCAACCGAGAAGCCCUCAUCCAGGCAGUCCUCGAGUUCUCAGUCCUCAGCCAGGCAAUGCUCAACCAACCAACUCGAAAGCCGGUGGCAAUUCACAAGUGGUUCCAAUGGUACCUAAAGUGUAG